AGGGAACGUCCACGAAAGCGGAACGUUCCGCACCCGGUUUCUGGUUUUCGCUCACCAGCCGAACCUCUUUGGGCGACGGCCCCGGCGACCCGGAGCGCUAAAGAGGGAGGACCGCAGAGGUUGUCUGAAGGCCGAGGCCAAGAUGGCGGCGCUGGCGGCUCCCAGCCUGCUCCGCCAGACCCUUGCUCUGCGCUCGGGCCUGAGUGCGGCCGUGCAGGCGCGGCACGUCCACGUGAGCUCAGCUACUGACAGCCCGAGCAGUGCCCAGCCCACCGUGUCCAAGGCCGGAGCCGUGGUCCCCAAACCCAGUGCCCUUCCCAGCAGCCGGGGCGAGUAUGUGGUGGCCAAGCUGGAUGACCUCAUCAACUGGGCCCGCCGGAGCUCCCUGUGGCCCAUGACCUUUGGCCUGGCCUGCUGCGCCGUGGAGAUGAUGCACAUGGCAGCGCCCCGCUACGACAUGGACCGCUUCGGCGUGGUCUUCCGGGCCAGCCCGCGCCAGUCCGACGUCAUGAUCGUGGCCGGGACCCUCACCAACAAGAUGGCCCCCGCGCUCCGCAAGGUCUACGACCAGAUGCCGGAGCCCCGCUACGUCGUGUCCAUGGGGAGCUGUGCCAACGGGGGCGGCUACUAUCACUACUCCUACUCCGUCGUGAGGGGCUGUGACCGUAUCGUGCCCGUGGACAUCUACGUCCCAGGCUGUCCCCCGACGGCCGAGGCCCUGCUCUACGGCAUCCUGCAGCUGCAGAAGAAGAUCAAGCGGGAGAAGAGGCUUCAGAUCUGGUACCGCCGGUAGCAGUGCUGACCGUCUCCAUCACCAUCCCCAUCACCAUCACCGUCCCCAGAUGGUCAAUAAACCCGAGAAGCCUGCCUAGA